AUGAUGCAGGCCUCCAGUGUUGACGCCGACUGUGGAGCCGCCAGCGCGGCUCGAGUCAGCGAGGCUGGGGCCUCCGCGGAUGCACUCGAACAGACACCUGUCCCCUCUGUUGGCCAGCUGCUCCAAGUGAUCUCAGAGCACAAGAAACGGGAGCAUCUGCAGCUGUCGCUGAUCGCCUCGCUGGAGGCGCAACUCGCGGAGACGCGGGCGAAUGUCACGGCGUACCGCGCGUGCCACGACGUGGUGAACAAUCGGCUGAGAACUGCCGUCCUGGAUCCAGCUGUGAGCAUGGAAAUCAAAACGCUCAGGCAGAAACUCUUCGACACAGAGACCCUGUUCCGGCGCGCAAAGGAACAGCUGGCCGCUCAGAACUUCUCCGGUCAGAGUGUUAUGGGUCAGCGGCUGAUCAACAAGUGCAAGACUCUGCAGGAGGAGAACAACGAGCUCGGCCGCUCCCUCGCCGAGACGCAUUUGCAGCCUCUGACGAUUGAAGUCGCUGGCCUGAAGAAGCAUGUCGCGUUCUUGCGCGGGGAACUCAGGCAGCUUCGCGAACUGAACAGCGACAUGGAUCGCGACAACGAGACUAUGGCCCUCCAACUCCAGGAGCUCUCAACCACCGUGGCAGGCGUGACGGCGGAACGCGACCAGCUUCAACAAGAGGUGGCGUCUUUGCGCGAACAACUCGAGACGCUUCGAGUGUCGGGUUCGCCGAGCCAAAACCAGAAUUACUACGGCGGCAAUGAAAGGUUCCCGGACUACGAAGGCCGAUCCGGCGGGCACUCCACGCGAGACGGGAACUGGCACGGGAGUGCGUCGACUGAGGCGCGCAGCGGCUCGCGCCGCGACCGCGGUCGUCACGCCGAGAGAGACAGAGACUACGAAGCGAGCAGCCGAGGAGACAGCAAAGAAGUUUUCGAGGGCUCGAUGCGCCGGGAGCGGGAAGAACGUGCAUGCAGUCGGGAGUUCGAGUCGAGCUCCAAAAUGGAAGGACGCGACAACCGCCACGGCCCUUCCUUUUUUUAUCCGAAUAUAAGACGAGGCGAGGAGACGCACCAUGCCGGCCCGGGGACCUCCGAGUCGGCCAGAAGAGCAGAGCGCGGCGCCUCGAGAGGCAGCUACAAGGACUACGGCGCGAGUUUGCGGCCCCACACGCAUGAGCGAGACUGGCGAAGAGACGAAGAAAAAGACCGAAGGGGACGGUCAGAGAGAGACUACAAGGUCCGAUCCGAGCGCGGAAGGUCGAAGGAUGACCGGGAGCGCAGAUACGACUAG